AUGGCCUCCCGCCUCUUAACCAGAUCAGCGGCGGCGCGCCUCGUCUCCCACCUCCACCGCAAGAGGCCAGGAACUACUCACUGCCUCCUCACCCAUGGCGCCGCCUUGGUGGCCCUCCUGGGGCCCACUGAUGGCCUCCCCCAUGCCGCCGACUCCACUCUCCUCCGCGUUCCGGUGCGGUGGUUCUCCUCUCCGUCCACGGAGGCGGUGGCGGAGGCUCCGAUGACCGCGGACGGCCUGACGGUAGACUCGAUUGCCGACAAGAGGUGGACGAUUCUUCCCGAAGCCGAGAGCGACUGGCGCAGCCAUGCCGCCGCCGUCGCGCAGUCAGUCAAGCUCAUCAAGAAGCGCCUCAAGUGGGGAUGGAUACUUGACAGAACGAAACAAUUGGCUGUGGUGUUGGAGAGGCCAGACCUCUGGGAAGAUCCAGUUUUUGCUGGGAGGGUUAGCCGUGAGCAGGGUGAGCUCAUGGGCAAGAUUAAGUCAGUGAACCAAUUUGAGCAGGAAUUGAUUGAACACAUUGAGAUGUUACGGCUUGCACGUGAAGAAAACGAUAAUGAACUUGAGAUGGAAAGCAUGAGGGCUUUAGCCGAUAUGAGAAGAAGUGCAAAGGAGAAAGAACUUAAUGCGUUACUUUCUGGAGACAGUGACUCUUGUUCUUGCUUCAUUGAGGUUCAGGCAGGGGCUGGUGGCACCGAGAGCAUGGACUGGGCUGCAAUGGUCAUGAACAUGUAUAAGUCAUGGGCCCAGCAACGAGGAUAUACAGUCACUGUGGUAGAAGAGAUGCCUGGUGAAGUAGCAGGAAUCAAGAGGGCCACUAUCAAAGUUGAUGGUGAAUAUGCAUUUGGAUAUGCCAAAGCUGAAGUAGGAGUCCAUAGAUUAGUGCGAAUUUCUCCAUUUGACAGUGGAAAGCGGCGGCACACUUCCUUUGCAGCUGUUGCUGUAAUACCUAUUCUUGGGGAUGCCGCUAGCCGAUACCAGAUCAAAGAUUCUGAUCUUAGGAUAGAACGUUUCCGUUCUGGUGGCCCUGGUGGUCAGCAUGCCAACACUACAGAGAGUGCUAUUCGAAUUGUGCACAUUCCAACUGGUAUAAGUGCAACAUCUCAAAAUGAAAGAUCACAACACAUGAACAAGGCAUCCGCAAUGGCAGUGCUCCAAUCUCGUCUUGAUCAGCUUGAGAUUGCCCGCCAAGCACAGAUGAAUGCAGAGCACACACAAUCACUCAACGAAAUCAGCUGGGGCAACCAAAUAAGAUCUUAUGUUCUCCAUCCAUACCGAAUGGUCAAAGAUCUUCGAACGAACUACGAAGUAUCUGACCCGGAUUCAGUUCUAGAAGGAGAUCUAGAUGAUUUCAUCUUGAACUAUUUGUCUUCGUCACUGGAUGAAGCUGAUUGUUGCACCCAAGUAGCUGAGGUGGUCUACAAUAAUUGA